AUGCUUGCAGUAUCUUGGGCCCUCACAAAGUGCUGCCUAUACCUGAAAGGACUGCCAACCUUCACCCUGCAAACUGACGAUCGCCCAUUGGUGCCCAUCAUCAACAGCUACAUGCUGGACAUGGUUGAAAACCCACGGCUCCAGCGAAUGAAGGAGCGUAUGUCGCAAUAUCAGUUUACUGCAGUGUGGCGUGCCGGCAAGUCUCUAUGCAUCCCAGGUGCACUUUCUCGUGCACCAGUCAGCUACCCCACCUCUGAGGAUAUGACUGGCUGUGCUGAGGUAACGGCACACGUCAGGUUCGUCAUCACCGCUACAACAGCUUCCCAGGACAAGGAUGCCCUAACCAUUGACUCCGACCGGACCCUACAGGACAUUUCAAUAGCAGCACAGGCUGACCCCACCUACGUUCGCCUUCGCAAUUGCAUCAGCUCUGGGUUUCCCACAAAUCGGUACGACCUACAUGCAUCCUUAUCACCGUACCGGAAGCUGCAAGAAGCCCUCUCUACUGAUGGCAACCUCAUUCUCUAUGGGGCAAGAAUACUAGUUCCUGCAGCUCUACGUCGCCACACACUCGCCAGACUCCAUGAUAGUCACCGUGGUGUCGAGGCUACCAAAUGUCGGGCCCGAAAAACCAUCUUCUGGCCUGGGAUAGACACGGACAUCGCCAACACCAUCGCUGCCUGUGAGCCGUGCCAAGUCCUGCGUCCCAGCCAACAACAGGAGCCUCUCCACAACGACGACCAUCCAUCCAGGCCCUUUGAGUCGGUAUCGGCAGACUUCUUCCAGGUAGCUGGGAAGUCCUUUCUUGUAGUCGCCGACCGCCUCUCCGGCUGGCCUGUGGUUGUCCCUUGCAAGGGCAACACUACUGCCUCCUCGACCAUACAGCACUUCUGCCGCUACUUCAGAGAGGUGGGUGUUCCCUUACUCCUAUGCACCGAUGGAGGACCUCAGUUUACCAGCAAAGAAUUCGCUGACUUCACAGAACGUUGGGGUGUACACCACAUCACCUCGUCGCCACAUUACCCACAGUCUAAUGGACACGCUGAGGCCGCCGUCAAGGCUGUCAAGCACUUGAUCCUCAAAACGGCCCCCACAGGAAACAUUGGCUGCGAGGAUUUCGAUUGUGGUCUCCCUGAGUUAAGAAACACACCCAACCAGUCUGGUUGCUCUCCUGCCCAGGACCCGACAUCCCACCGAUGGGACACAGUUGGGACUGUCAUAGGCGGUGCACGAUCACGCGAGUACGAGAUCCGCCUCCCAAGUGGUCGAGUACUACGUCGGAACCGCCGCUUCCUAUAUCCUGUGCCCAGCCCCAAUCAAGUUCCCAACUCUGAUCUCCCUGUGGUCCCUAGCCCAGACAUGGAAAAGUCAUCAAUUCCCUCCAAAGCCCCUCGCUGGUCUCCGAAAUUGAACAGGCCUACAGGUAUUCUCCUACUUACGAUGGGGUUAGGUUUCGAGAAACCCAUCGUAAGUUGA